AAAGAAGAACAAGAGGAACAUAACCAAAAACAUGAAUUAAAAACAAAACAUUCAAAUUUUAUCUUUAAAAUAAAUUCGUGUUCUUCGCGUUUUCAUUUUAGAGUUAAACUAGGCCAUUUAUAUAUCUAAAAACUAUGACUAGUUUUCAAACAAUCAAGCAAUUAGAAGAAAAAAGUGUCGCCAAUGAAAUCAAUUCAAUGGUUUGGAGUGAUCGAAUGGAUCUUGUGGCUUUUUCAAAUGUGAAAGGAGAAGUAGCUCUUCACAGAUUGUCUUGGACAAAAGCUUGGAAUCUCAAUCCUCCUAAAGAAAAUGUAGAAGUUAAAGCUAUUGCCUGGAGGCCAGAUGGAAAAAUAUUAGCAGUGGGUUACAGUUCAGGUGAAGUUUUGCUGAUUAGUGUUGAAAACAAGAAAACUUUAAAUGUAAAAGAUGCAAGUAGUGAAAUAACAUGUAUAACCUGGGUCCAAGAGAAGGGGGAGACAACAGAUAAAGACAAUUUCACUAUUCAGGAUGAUGGUAAAAUGGAUUACAUGAAAUAUAUAGAUCUCUCAAAAUUAUAUUUGAAAGACCCUAUAUCAUCCUCGACAAUGGAUAGUCCAUCCUCUACUGAGGAAGCAAAAGAAACAAAUUUUCUACAGGAGCAGACUGAAUUCAACUUACUUUUAAUUGGAACCAAAAAUGGAUUCAUACAUAUCAGGAUUUUUGGUUGCUUUACUUGUUGUAUCUUAAAUGUUAAUGAAUAUUUAGGUAGAAGUUGUUCUAUCGAAGGCAUUCAUGUCAGUGAAGAUAUUAGUAAAAUAUUCGUAACUGUAAAGGACUCUGAUCUGAAUAUAAAAAUAGUCUUAAUCAAUGCCAAUAUACUCAAAACACACACUAGAGAAUUGUUUUCAAUUGCUAUAAAAUAUGUGAAACUCUUAGACAUUGUUAGUUAUUUAACAAAUACAAUCACAAACAUAACAGAAACAUGGGAAAGUUUUUUACUUGAAAUUGAUCACAAACUAUCCAAAUAUGCUAAAAAGGUGCCAGAGGGAGGAGUAACUGCAGAUUUUCUGGAUUUGCUAACAUUUGGGAUUUGUUCUCCUGAGUUACAAGAAUUUUUAAUGACUGAUCUUACAAAGAAGGGUUUGGAAAAGUUUGGACAGACAGUAGAAAUGAGUUACGCCAAUAUUCAAAGAUUACUUUUGAAAAAUGUUUCCAAAUUUGGACAGAAUGUAUCAUAUCAUCUUGCCGAAUUAAGAGGAAUGUCUCGACUAGAAGACAGGUAUGAGGUCCUUGGCCUUUCUGAGCAUCAAGUUACAGAAGCAAUACAGUCCAGUGGAGCGUUUCUUUUAAAAUCUGGAGAAAUGCAACAGAUCAUUAAUCAUUCUGUGGUAAAUUAUAAGGCCUUCUUUCGUUGGUUAUAUGGAGCAAUUUUGUUCUUAAUGGAUGAGACGAUACCUUCUGAAAUACAUAAAAUGGCUCAGCAAGAUUUGGCCUACAUAACAGAGUUCCUCCAGAAUUUCGAUAAUAUCGGUAACA